CGGCUGGUGUGUAACAACGUGUUUUCAGAAUUGACAUUAAAUCCACUAAAAGAUGUCUCAUUCAGUGACGAUUAGAACGCAAACAGUGACAAGCGGCUCGUCCACGAUCGUUCUCAAUACCGGUUACUUGAAAACUUGGAGCGGUAUUUUGAAGCUGCUACAAUUGGCACUGGGUAUUGUUUGCGUAGGAAUAGCUGGUCAUGAAUUCAGUAACAAUUUAAUUUAUCGAAAUACCGCAGAGCUUUUCUUUCUUCUUAUAACGACUGCGUUUAUGAUUGGCACUUUCAUUCUUCUUUUAAGUUGCCUGACAUCUUUUUCUACUGCAUCUAUUAUAUCUAAAACUCUUUAUGAACUUCUUUAUCAUUCCAUUGCAUUUGGAUUGGUACUUGCGGCUUCAUUGACACUCAUGGUGCACAUCAAUAACUAUAAACGUUACAAUGAUUAUGAAGUGUUAUUAGGUGCCUCCAUUUGCGGCCUGGUAAACGCAGGUUUAUAUCUCUUCAGCACAAUCAUCGCUCUUCGUACUUAUAGAGGGAUUUAAAUGGAAGAAUCAAAUUAUACGGUUGUUACUAAAAAAAUAACAGAUUUUUCAUAUACACAAAUUGCAAGCACAACAACAUUUUAUAAGCAAAACAUAUUUUAAUAGCCGUGUAAAGAUCAAUUUU